CAUCAUUCAUCAUUGAGGGAACACAACCUCACUUACCCAUAUAAUUGAAUCCGUCCUGUUUUGAUCUUUUAAACUCCUUUAUGAAUUGAAAGUUUUGGAACAGAGGAACCAUGGCUCUUUCUAUAGGGAACGCUAACCUUUCUCUGACGGAGCAUUUGAGUGCGCCACCUAAAGCAUCACUCCAAAUACUCGGGACACAUAAUGUCAAUGAAGAUAACAAUAUUAUUGAUUUUGAUAUUUGGGUCGACUGCUCGAAAACAGUCGGUAUAAGAUCGGCCAAGUUCCUGACAGAAAAUGAUGUGGAAUCUCGCUGUUGGAGCUACUCCGCUGACUGCGAUAACGGUGACCCCAAAGAUAUAUUGGGCGGAUGGCUUAAUGACUGGUUAAACCAUGAUGAUGCAGACGAUCAAAACUGGAGUCUUCAUAAAUCUGGCGAUAUUCUGAACGGGGAUCACACAGCUCUCAGAACUCAUAUCGAGCGCCUGGCACAGAAGACCGCCUACGGUGGUUCUGUUGAAGUGUCGUUCCAUACUCCCUCAAUAAAAUUGGAAGCAGGAAAUAAUGCCUCCGCCGAGGACGGACACAUUGCAGAAAUCUUUCUGGAGUGGGCUUUUGAGUGCUCCUUCACCCCAACCGACCAGGUAUGGAGCGAGCUAGUCCAGAAUGCGAUGGUAGACCAUAAGAAAGGCUGGAUCGAGCCACUUGCACCACGGCCUUCGCACGGAAUGUCUCCCUUUCGGAGAGCAAUGAGAAUCAACGGUACUUCCCAUGUUGUAUCGCAGGAGCAGAAUGCGAAUGGGGUAACGCACUCAGUAAGGCAGUUCUCUUCAUGGGGUGUUGACAGGUCCGCGUAAAACGGUGGAUGCUUGCAUUACUAGUGUCAAUAUGUCACAUCGAUCUGCUCUGGUUUUUCCUAGUUGGAUCUGCUGCUAUUUGAUUUCUUUCGCAAAUGCAUACUGUAGCUUUCGGUUCAUCAAUAUUGAUAGAUCGACUUGAUUUUUGUGAGAUUCAACCGUCGAGGGCAUAGAUGUCCUGUUGAGCUUCUUCUGCCAAGGAGGUCGUACCAUAGAAAUAGUGUGGGGUAAGCUGCAUAAUUUCAUGAUCACCCAACCACUGCUGGAGAGUACCAAUUUG